GAUUUGUUUAUACAUUUUGGAAUAGUUAGGUUGGAUUGAACUGUUUCUUUUAAAAGUAGAUAGAUUGAAAUUCAAAAUAUUAAUUCAUUCAUGAAUACUGUUACAUAAAAAAUUGAAAAUGGAGAAUUCCAUAAAGAAAAAUCAAGGAAAAGAGACUGAUCAGGAUUCCACAGAUCCCGAUUCAUUGUCAUUAUCUUUAACGCCACCCCUACUUGAAGAAAAUAAUGAUUUUGAGAACAUUGAUGAAGUCUCUGAACAUCUAAAUUCUUGUACUGAGAGCAUUGAACAUGAUAGAUCAUUACAGGAAAUCGAAAUUUCUAGUAGACCCAAUGAUAUUUCAAACCCAGUUUCAAACCCAUUAGAACCAGUAGAUAGAAUUGAGCCUGUCUCACAUGAAAAUCCCCAUUUUGAUACUAGCUACCACAGUGAUAAUAGCAUAAUAAGCUUGAAUUAUCUCAAAAACAUUGAGGUAGGGGGCAAUGUUCGAAGUAUUCUGGAAGAAAUUCUACACAAUGAACCCACUGAUUCUAGAAAAGAUGCAACUCUGUGUUCAUCAAAGGAUGAAAGUUUGAACAUAUUUGCCAAUCUAGACUUAGAUGACAAAAGUCUCUCAAAUAAUAGGUGCAAUGCUGAUGUGAGCUUAGGUGAGAAAAAUCUGUAUGCUACUAACUUUGGGUUGGCCAAAGCAGAAAGUGAAUUGGAAAGGAGAAUUAGGGAUUUUGAAGAGUUGAUAGCUAUCAAGGAUAGUACCAUAGCUGUGUUGAAUUCUGAGUUAGAUUCUUACAGAGAAAGUAAUACUAAUACAAUGAGUAACUUAUCUACUACAGAGUAUAAACAGCUUCAGGAUGAUUAUCAUACAAAGCUUUCGGAAUAUAAUAAUGUGAUAGUAUACAAAAAUGAUCUUAUUGAACAGUUGACUGAAUCUCUUGAUCAAUCAGUUACUGAAAGGAAAGAUUUAUUAUCCCAAAUUAGUCAGUUCAAAGAAAUGAUUGAAAAUCUUGAAGACCAGCUUCAAAAAACAAGGAAGAUAGUUGAAGCACAUCAAUGUGAAAUUUCUAAACAAGUCACUGAUGGAAUUGAUGUUGCCAAACAGGAAUGUUCAGAAAAUGAAAAUGAGCAGGCAAACUUAAAUUAUAGUUUUGAUGAGGAAUUAUUGAACUUGCAAAAGACAUUGAACACUGAACAAAAAGAUCUAUUGUCAGAAUUGAAGAUUAAAUUUGAUAGGUUACUUGAACAAAAUAAAGAAUUCUAUGAAGCUGAAAUCAAGCAGUUGAAGGAUAAACUGGUCAAUGAAAAAGAACAUUUUGAAAGUGAGACAACUGAAUUCAAAAGUCUCUUUGCAAACCAUGGGAGUGUUUCUACAGAUAUGGUCAAUUUGAGAAGUGAAUUGGAAAAAAAGCAUUCCACAGAAAUGGAGGAACUCAGGACUUAUUUUGAGCAAAAAUGUGCUGAUUUAGAAAAAAACUACUCCGAGGAGGUUUUCAGCCAGCAGAGCCGGAAAUUGUCAGAUUCCACUUCUUCAGAAGCUGAGCUCCAUUCGGAUCCUAUUUUUCCACUGCCUCCGGGGCCUGCUGGAGACAUCCAAUACGAUAUACAACCACCAAAUUCACAACCCAAUUUCACCAAAAAGGAUAUUAUCAAUCUCCAGAACGAGCUCAGCUCUAUUCUGAACAAAAUCUCUAAGUACAAUGUCCACAACUUGAGCGACGAAGAGUUUUCUGAUUUGAAAACGGAGAUCGGCAAUUCUAACCUCAAUCAUAUCAUGAAAUAUGACCUUGUGGCGAUCAGGAACAAGUAUAAUGCUGAGCUCGAGGUUUUACGCGAGGACAAUGAGAAUAAGGUUGACGAGUUGAAUAUUCACUAUGAGAAUAAGUGGAAGAGUUUGGAAAAGAAGUAUUUGAACGAGAUUCUGGUGUUGAAAAUGCAAUUGGAGGAAAUUGGCAAGCAGAAAUUGAGUGUUUCAUCAGCUGUACAAGAAGUGGGAAGCUCCGGGGAAUUUGAAAUCAAUGAGGUCAUUCAAAGUUAUGAACGAAGAUUACAAGAACAAAUAACUCUGGCUAAGAUCGAUAUCAUUACUGCUCUCGAAGGACAGAUACAGCGCCUGGCUUCGAACGAAGCGGAAGACGAAGAAUGGCCGUCUGAGUUACUUCGCCUUAAAGAUAAAUUCGCUGAAAAAUAUGAAACCGAAAUCCAAGAGUUGAAGAACAGCCAUCAAGUGGAAAUAAACCAACUGAAAGAUGAACAAAUGAAGAUUUUGAAUGGGGCUUUAGAACGAGCAAGGAGAAGAAGUUUGAGAGACAAUGAUAGUUUCAGUAAAGGAGAAAUCGAGAUACUGAAAGAGAGGGACUCCCUGAAGAAGCAAGUUUCCUCCCUCCGGAACCUUCUGAGCGAACUCCUCAAAUACUUCACGCAAUGCGAGGACGAGCUCAACAACACGCUGGUGGACGAACUCCUCAAGCAGGGCUUCGAUAAGAACGUCUCUCAACUCGAAGAAGAUUUGGCAGUCACGGCUCCCAGUCCUAGCAGUUCCAGCAAGAAUUCCGAUUCCAUGGCGAUGAGCGUCACCAGAGUCCAUCUGACUCCGAACUUCGGCGAUCUGAUCAACAUGAUCGAAAUGGGUGCGCAACAAAGCGACGACGACAGCAAAGACAUCUCUGUCGAUCUGAAGAAUGAGCUGGGCGUGUGUUUGGAAAAGCUGAAGCAGGAAGCGAACGCCAUACUCACACUGACCACCAGUAUGCCCAGACAGUCCAUAGCUGCAGACCCCACCAUCAAAACCUCUUCGCUAGAGGAGAAAGUAACCUCGCUCACGCGCCAGCUCAUCUCUGAGACCCAAUCCAAGGAGCGCCUGCGCGAGGAGCUGGAGGAGACCUCCAAGUACGCGGAGUCUUUGGAGAAGGAGAAGGACCGUCUGGAGGAGGACUUGGAGGACGCGAUAGCGAGAGGUAACGCCGUCGAGGGCGAUCUGAUGCAGGCGCGGCAGAAGAUCGCCGAGCUGAUCGAAAACGGGAGGCAGGAGAUCGUUUCCGAGGGAUAUGGGGAGGAGGGGACCAAGAUGAGGGGGUUAGAUGACACUCUGUCCAUGUUGGACGAAUUGCAAGAGAAAGCCAGAAGCAUGUUGGCAGAAUCGAGGUCCACUGCCGAUCCGACUCUCCUUCACCUGAUCGAAGAGUUGUGCAGUGUUGGGGAACGGAUCAAAGAGGAAUCUAAGAAAGAUCGACAUGAUUUGAUCCAACAGAUCGACGUCGCCGACAAGAAGUACCGCACCACGCAAUCGUUCCUCGAAGAGCAGGCCAUGGAGAGGGAGCAGGAGCGCGACGAGUCGCACAGACAGCUCGAGAGUCUGCGCGCGCAGCUCAAGGACAGGGACAAGGACAAGGCCAGCUGCGAGCGGGCCGCUAACGAGGUGAUUGGUGUUUGCAGUAGACAAAUUAGAUGCACAUCCUCACAGGUGGAACAAUUGGAGCACCAGCUCCAAGAGCUGACCAAAGCUCUGGCAGCGGAGACCCUCUAUCGCAAAGAAGUCGAACUUGAGCGCCACGAGGCCGUGGAAAAAAUCAAAGUCCUCCGCGACAUCAUCAGGGAGCUGGAGUACCAGACCGAGAGCAAGACGCAAGAGGUGGAGGAGUACCUGCGUGCCAUCGAGAAGCUCGAAUGUAUAGUGGACAGACAGCAGAGGUCUCAGGGCGAGGGUAUUAGCGAGGACUCAUCGAAAGGUGUUUCAGAUGUGGGGGAGCUGUGCAGGCAUAUCGAGAGAUUGGAGGGGGAGUUGCAAGAGCUGAGGGUGAAAUCGGAGUUGGCGGGGAGCGAGGGAGCGUUGAAGCAGAUGCGCGCGCAGCUUCUCGAAAUUGAGACACAGUUCGACAAGAAAACUAGAGGGUUGGAAGUGCUUCAUUCAACUGCCAGUACGAAUUGUAGCUCUCCUUCUGAAGACAUUUCAGCAAGGGAUUUGGUUAUACCCAGAAGUCCAAAGAAAAUGGAAGAUAGUGAAGUACCCCUACAACAGCUUGCCAGGCUAAAAGAAAAACUGAUGAGACAUUCCAGAGCUGAAGAUGCGGCAAUUAAACGCAUCAAAGAUUUGGAGAUGCAAGUCUUCAGUGUCAAACAGGAAUUGGAAGAAACCAGUGGCGAAAAAGAAUACCUUAAAAAGCAAAUCCAAGAACAGCUAGUUCUUAUAUCGGACUUCCAAAUCAGGCUCGACGAACAAAGAAUCAGAGCCGAACACAUCGAAAAGCAGACAAAUACGUCUCUAGAGAUGAAAAUCUAUGACUUGCAAUCCGAAGUACAAUCCUUAAGAGAUAAACUCAAACAUAAGGAUAAAGCAGUAAGUCACCAGCAGGAGUUGCUCAGCGAUACCCAAAACAGAUUGAAAUCGUUGGAAAACGAGCUGAAUUCAGUCAAAGAUGAUGAGAUAAUCGUGGCUAUGCAAAAAGAAGUCGAGGCUUUACGUUUAGAAAACGCUCAAAUGAAAAACAAAAUUGACAAAGACGCGGGUAUGGUACCGAAUUUAGUAGAGAACAUCAUCUCGGACAAAAAUACCGACAUCGAGAAACUACGCUGCAAGUUAGACGACACUGAGAAGCUCCUAGAAGCAUUCACUUCUCUCAAUUUGGACAAGACGGAGCUGCAAACGAUUUCUAACCUGAAAAAGAGUGGUACUAGCAUCGAGGAACUGUUCAGCAUCCUGGAGUUGAGUCAGGCUGACCAGAUGCGUCGAAUGGCCGGUAGAGAUGUCAGUGAUUCCUUAGAAAGCCCAAGGUUCUUAGUUCACAGGAAAAAUGAUGGAGAAACCACAGUACUAGAACCUGAAAUCUCCUCUAUAGCCGGUCCAGCUUUCCAGCACUCUGGAAUCCAAACAAGGAAUUCUACAGAGAUAUCUCACAGGAGGGUUCAUUUCGAGGAUACGGAGGCACAAAGUUGGAAAUCAGAAAUAGCCGAUUUGAAGGAGAAAUUGAAAGAAAGAGAAGCUAUCAUAAAAGAAUAUGAAGCGCGUUUGAAGUUGCUGAAUAGCUUGGAAGUUAAAAUAGAGAAGUUGCAGUUGUCUCUAGAAGAAACCGAGAAAGCUCUCGCUUUGGUUACAGAAACCGCAGAGAAAGAGCAUCAAGAAAUCAAAGAUAGAGAGAAGGAUCUAGGGAUACAGCUAGCAGAGAAAAAGCUCAAACUCUCCGAAGCCGAAAAGCGUAUAGAAAUAUUGGAGCAAGAUUCCCUGAGAAAGGAUGACAUGUGCCUGAAUUUGACUAAAGAAAAGAAAGAUUUAGAGAAGCAGUUGAAUUCGGUGAAACACGAAAAUUUCGUCGCUGUGGAUAAGGUCAUAAAAUUGAAGAACCAAGAAAUCGAGGCACUGAAAGCUAAGUGUUUGAAUAAAAACGAAUUGACGAAAUUAACCCAAGAACUUGAGGUCAAGAAUAUGGAAGUUAAAUCCUGGCAGACGGAAAAUAAGACUUUGUCAGAAAAGCUUGAACAAGUUAUUGGUCAAUGCAAUGAGCUUGAAGAAAAACUCAAAGCUACCAGUAACGACAACAAGAAACUCACUAAAGAAAUGGACAACAAAUUAGUACAAAUAGAUUCAAUAACCAUCGAAAUUAACAAUCUGAGAGACAAGCUAAACAAAAAAAGAAGGAUAAUAAGAGAGCUCCAAGACACUUUGGAUAAACACAAGAACGCCAAGACCAGAUUAGAAGAAGAAACAAAGCAUCAAAAGAAAAUGAUAGCUGACCGCGACUACGAAAUCAACAUAGCAAAAGAAGAGGCCGAGAGAUACUGCAACGACAUCGCACUACUAGAGGAACAGGUAAUCAAUCUCAAGAAAGGCAAGUUCAGCGAACUAACCGAAGAGAAAGACGGAAAGAUAGCAGAGCUCAGCAAGGAGAAGACCCACCUGAUGGAUCUCCUGAACGAGAAAGACAAAAUCAUCAACCAGAUAACCGAGGAUUGCCACAAGUUGCACGCGAAUCUGGUCACAAUCAAGAGCAAAAUAAGGGAACCCGGCAACAUACUCGACAUGGGCAACAAGCUCAGAGAAGAGCAGAAGAGAACGGCCGAACUGGUGCAAGAAAUUCACGAUUUGAAAGCGCAGCUGAUGCGCUCCAAGAACAACGACAUGGUGAAUUCAGUGGAUGAAAUCACGGACCAGCUUCAGCAGGAACUGAACUAUUCCGCCCAAAUAGACUCUAAUAUCAUCAACGCAGUGAGCGACCAGAGUCUCAGCUCGAUAGCCGAAUUGCAGGACGUGGAAGUUUACAAAAAGUUCCUCUCUUUCGAGAGGUCAGCGAAGAAACAAGUCGAGAUACAACUUUCCCAUGCGCAGGACAAAAUAAAGGAACUGCAGAGUAUCCUAGUGCAAGAACGCGAUAUCUUAGUGCAGACGCAAAGUGAAGAUGCGAAACUGAUCGAGCAGCUCCGAAUCCAAUUGGACGUAGCUCUGGACAGCGAGGAGUCCUUCAGAAAGUUGCUGUCUGAAAAGGCAGCGGAAUAUGAGCAACUAGAGAAAGAAGUGGAUUCUUUGAAGAGGAAGCACACGAAUAGUUCCGAGUCGACGGAGUAUAAGCAUCCGCCGACCAAAGAGAUUUUGGAGCUCAACCAGUUGAGGAAAGACCACUUUGCGCUUCUCAGCGAAAAAGAAACUGUUCUGGCGGAAAUGGCUUCUCUUAAAAAGGGCAAACUCGGGGCAGAGACUGCGUAUAAUUAUACCAAAAAUUUGUUGAGUUUGGAAGUGCAGAGGACAAAGAAUUUCGAGGAGAAGAUUCAGAGUAUGGUGCAUAUCGAGAGGGACUUGAAAGAUAGCUUGUUGCAGAAGAGCCAUGACAUCAAAAAACUUGAGUGUGAGCUAGAGCAAGAAAGAGCCAACUUUGCUAAGCAAAAAUCCGAUCUGAUGCAACAAUUCAAAUCCCAAAUGACCAACGAAUUUCCAUCAAAGGUAUUAGAUUCUCCCGUCCCUGAUGUUUUGUUAGACAAGAUCAAGGAACUGAAUAACGCUCUGCUGGACAACAAGAAACUCCUCGACAUCAUCCAAAAAUUAUCCAAAGAAAAAAACUCAUUGGAAAAGGAGUUGGACGCAGUCAGAGGGAAUGUCAGGAACGAAAUGCCUUUCGAUAAUUUGGCUGCGAGGAACGAUUUAUUGCUAGCGAAAGCAUUGAAAUUGGAGAGUACCAAAAAGGCUUUGAUAUGGCAAAAGAGGUAUCUAGUGGAGCACUUGCAAUUCCAUCAUAAACAUUGUUUGAAACAAGCCCUGCCGAAUGCUCUAGCCCAUAGAACAGAAUUCCGUAGGGACUAUACUUUGAAACAACGAUUCAGAUCGGUAGCUUUCCUCAUCAUCUCCGUCAUCCGAAUGAAGUACCUAGUGCGAAGGUGGCACAGCGGCGUCCGCAUAGUAGAAAGAGUGAACGCCCGUCACUACAAAACCGCCACGCCCAGACCCGACCCCAUAAUCUCCGCCCACUACCAGCCCGAACCUAUAAUCUCCGCCCACUACCCAAUAGAAGCGAAAAGCUCCGCCCACUACCCGUCCGUACCGAUAGUCUCUGCCUACUACGCACCGGAGCCGUUAUUCGCUGGGUACGCGCGAGACUCCGCCCACUUCCGCGUCGGCCGGCCUGUGUCGAGCCAGCUGUUCGCGGGGGGCGUGGCAUCGAGUUCCAGGCCGGCCCCUUUCGAGGCGCCGCGGCCGGCCAGUGGGAGGAGCUUUGACGAAACAGAUGACGAGAGGGCGGUGGGAGGAGCAGGAGAGGGCGGGCCGUGGUCGGGACAGUCUCCGCCCUCCAAGGAGGGGAAUUUCAAGAUACGUAUCGGAUCGAAUGUACUGAAAAAGGAGGAUUUGACUCCACUGAGGGCACCCCAGUUACUGGCCCAAUUCUCAGAAAGGUUCGACCAGAUACAAGAGAAACUAGGUAUGGUUCUCGAGACCAAUUCUUAGGGCAGUAAGAGUAUUUUUGUUACUUUUGUAUUUUUGUAUAUACAGGGCGUCUCAUAAUAUAUUCACAGUACUCCAAGAUGUGAUUAGCUCGUCCAAAAAUAUGAAAAAAGCGUUUAAUAACUUACCCUCGAAAAUGCACCAGAUACAGUGUUGGAAUUUCAAAAAAUUAUUUAUUUUUUGUGAAUAUCUCUGGAACCGGUUAUCGCACA